AUGCCUCCUGUCGCCCCCGCAACCCAGUCACUACUGCCAAGCAUUCAAACCGAAGCUGCCGUAGACACGCCAAUGCCGUCGGGAUCGGGCGGCGAUCUCAAUGGGAGACAAGUCUGCAUUCAGCUCGUUACGGAUAAGCAGAACUUCGACUACUACCUCCCCCACAGCAUCGCCGUUUCAACCUCGAAAGUGCUUCAGGCCUGCUUCACGGAUGGCGUGGAAAUCGGGCAUCUCGAAUGGUGCACCAACGAGUCCUGGGAGCUCUACCACCACUGGCUAUACACCCGCGAACCCUUGACCGCCAUGGAAUUUCUUCUCCGGUCAACGCCUCCCCCACAUAACGUUUGUGCCCUCGAUCAGGAGCAAAAGAUCCGAACGGAUUACCUAGAUCUAUUCUUCUGUUACACGUUCGGGCAAACCCUUCAGGACUACGUCUACACCGACUGCAUCAUGUCCCGCUUGAUCGAUAUGAUUCGCUCUCCUCACGCCCCGACCGUGCUCAUGACACUCCUCACCGAGAGCACGGCAACUCUCCAUGCUAUUAUGCAGAUUAAACCGGUAGGUUGUGCGCUUCAUUAUUUCCUCGUUGAUGCUAUUGCGUGGUUCGGCUCGGACAGGGAGGUGGGUGUCAUCGCGUUUGGGGAGUACGAUCAAGCGUUCAAGAGCUAUCUUAUGAUUGCGUUGGCGAAAUGGCGGAGGGUCAUGCCGAGUGCGAAGUUGCCGGGCAGGUUCGGGCUGCUGAAUGAGUGCGGGUAUCAUGAUCACCGCGACAAGCCGUGUUAUGCGAGGAGGUGGUAG